AUAAACAUUUACUUCACUUUGUUCAGACGUUUCUUUAUUCUUCUUCUUCCUUCAUCCUUCAUCUUCUUGAUCGUGUUCAGAAAUCAUAUUCAUCACCCUCUCUCUCUCUUGUCUCUCUCUCUACAUUUGGAUUCUUUAUAACAUGUGAGAUCGAUCUCUUUUUGAUCAGAGAGAGAGAGAGAGACGAGUAGAAGAGAAGAAGCAAAGAAUCUUGUAAAGAAAUGAUGAAAAUGAAGACGGGAUCGUCGCCGUCGGUCAGCGGUGGAAGUAGUGGUAAUGAGUGGGAGUACCGACCAGGAGGAAUGGUUGUUCAACGUCGGACGGAUCAGAACUCCGAAGUGCCACGUGUCAUUCGUAUCCGGGUCAAAUACGGGUCGGUUUAUCACGAGAUUAACAUCAAUUCCCAAUCUACCUUUGGAGAGUUGAAGAAGAUGCUGUCUGAUCAGGUGGGACUUCACCAUGAAGACAUGAAGGUUUUGUACAAAGACAAAGAGAGAGACUCGAAGAUGUUUCUUGAUCUUUGUGGAGUUAAAGAUCGGUCAAAGCUCGUCGUUAAAGAAGAUCCAAUUUCUCAGGAGAAACGUCUCCUUGAAAAAAGGAAAACCGCCGCCAUUGAUAAAGCUUCCAAGUCCAUCUCUGACAUUAGUCUCGAAGUCGACAGGCUCGCCGGACAGGUGUCGGCGUUUGAGACAGUGAUUAAUAAAGGAGGCAAGGUUGAAGAGAAGAGUCUCGUGAAUCUGAUAGAGAUGUUAAUGAAUCAGUUGUUGAGACUUGAUGCUAUUAUGGCUGAUGGUGAUGUCAAAUUGAAGAGGAAGAUGCAGGUGCAAAGAGUUCAGAAGUAUGUUGAGGCCCUUGACGUCUUGAAAGUCAAAAACUCUGCCAAAAAAGUUGAAAUCAACAAGUCGGUCCGCCACAAACCGCAAACGCAAACGCAGUUUAAACAACGCGAUUUGCUAUCGUUUGUGGAGGAAGAGGAAGAGGAGCAGCCUAGGAAUUCCAAUGCCUCCUCAUCCGGUACUCCCGCGGUUGUGACUACUACCAAAUGGGAGAUGUUUGAUUCCGCAAAGGCGGCAGAAACGGCUAAACCUGUCCCUCCAAGAUUCAAAUGGGAAUUCUUCGAUUAAAGCUAAACCACUCAUACAUACACGAUCGAUAAAUAUGUUUUUUUCUCUUUCUUUUUCUUUUAAAUCCGAUUUCAUAUUGUGAUUUGUUAUGUUUUUCAUCUCAGUUGGGGUGUGUAUGAUUUGUGAUUUGAUCUUGGCUAUUUUUUUGAGGCUUUGUUUAGAAUAUCUUUGGUUGGUCUCCCCUUUAAGUCAAUUCACAAAUAACAGUGGGAGUUUCAAACAAUUUACUAUCAUUGUAAUACCUAAAGAUUUGGAUUUUUCUUUACUAUUACAAUAAAAAAGUUAUAUCAUAAGA